AUGAACGAUACCAAAAAAGAUUUCAUUUUAUGGCUGUCAAAAGAGCGAAAUAAUCAAUUCACUUAGUUCUUUUCAGAUGAUGUUCUAAUAAAUUUAGAAUCUUAAUAUCAGAUUUCUAAAUUAGAAAAAAUAUCCAUGAAUAAUUACUAAAGUUUAAUUGAUAGUGGCUCUAAUAUAUAGUUUCACAAAGUUAUGAGAUAAAAUGUGUAAGAAAUUAAUCAAAAUAAUAAAAUUAAGCAAACAAAUCAUUAUGAUUGUAUAGGUAUCCUUUUUUUCAAUAUUAGACAAUAUCUAAUUUUGUCUUGAUUAGAAUGAAAGAAUAGAUUUACGAAACUUUUAAUAGACAUACACUUAAAAGUAACCAAAGUAGGAGUUUAUAAAAGAAGAGAUCCCUUUAAGAAAACUUAUUGCAAUUUUAAAAUGA